GCGAGCGGAGUUUAUCGAUGGUGGCGGAGCCUGAGGAACAUGAUGCGGCAGUACAGGGCCGCGUGACAGGUAUCAUUUAUCCCCCACCGGAUAUCCGCGCCGUGGUGGACAAGACGGCGCAGUUCGUGGCCAACAAUGGGCGUGCUUUCGAGAGUCGCAUCGUGGGUGAGCGCGUGUCUGCUAAGUUCUCGUUCUUGCGCGAAUCCGACCCGUACCACGCCUACUACGAGCACAAGGUGAGCGAGUUCACCGUCAAAAAGGAAGAUCCUCUUCCAGCUCCAGAGCCGCAGCAACCGGAACAUACAGCAGAGGGACAACAGGAGACGACACAGGAGAUCGCCAAGGCGGUGGAGACUGUAGGCGACGUCGUUGUGGAGAAGAAGGCAGUGCAGGACGUCACGGCUCAAGUGGCCAAGAAUAUCAGAGGCAGGGAACUAGAACCGCCACCGGAGGAGAUAUUCAUCAUCAAGCACCCGACGCUUAGUGCGCUGGACCAGGAAAUCAUGUACCUUACUGCGCAGUACACAGCGCUGAGCGGCAGCUCGUUCCUGUCGGGUCUUGCCACGCGCGAGCAACGUAACCCUCAAUUUGAUUUUUUGAAGCCAACGCACCCACUCUUCGCCUAUUUUACGGCGCUCGUGGAGAGCUACACACUCGUGCUGGCCAAGCAGGAUGCGCAGAUGAAGCGGAUUGAGGAUGGCAUGGAGCGCAUGAAGGUGUUGGAUCGAUGCGUUCACAGAAUGGAGUGGCAGCGAACUGAGCAGGAGCGCGAGGACAAGGAGGCGGCGGAGGGUGAUGCUGAGCGUCGAGCACUUGCGCAGGUUGACUGGCACGACUUUGUAAUUGUGGAGACGAUCAACUUUGAUGACGACGACGACUUGGGUGCUUCUGCUACUGUUGGAGAGGGUGAGGCGAAGGGAUCCGAUGAUGAUAUGGACAUGGAGGAGGACGAUGACGAUGAACCCAAGCCGGAAAUUAAGGUGGUCGAAGAUUAUGUGCCGCAAGCCACGGCAGGGACAACGCAGCAACCGCUGCUGAGCGUGGAUGGCAAGACCCUAUCGUCUGCUGAGGCCAACGAGCAUAUGCGUAUUCUACUGAUGAACCCAAAGUGGCGUGAGGAAACGCAGCGUCACUUAGAGAAACAGAAAGAGAGCUCGUACGCAGCAGGAUCAGCGAUCGCAGACUCGCUACGACGCUUUGCGACGAAGCGUGCAGAUAUAUUUGCGUCGUCAGCCGAAGAAGAAGCGCGGUUGUUGCAAGCCACUACUGCGCCGACCAUUACGGAACAACGGCAACAGCAGCAGGAAGACGACAUGGAGGACAAUUCUGACGAGGAAACCAAAACGGUACUUUCUUCAGAUCUAUCCCAGGCGCAGCAAGUCCCAGCUCCCACGGAGUUUGCGGAACAAGGACAGACGCCGACAGGUGCGCCAGGUUCUCAGCCAGUACCAGCAAUGCUGAUGCCGCCUGGUGUAGUACCGCUCGGAAUGGGAGUUCGUAUGCCAGCUCCAGGCAUGAUGCCUCGGAGUGCUGGGCCCUCUGGUUUGGUUCCCCCGCACCUCCAAGCUCCAGGAGCUGUGCCGCCAGGAAUGAGCGCUGGUCCACCCGGUAUCGCUGCCGGCCCUCCUGGUGUUUCGGGGCCUCCGGGUGAAGACCUUGAGCCGGCAGCAAAGAGGCAACGUACAGGAGGGUCUUCACUGAUGCCGGAAAAGGAGUUUGCUUCCCGACAUCCGGGAAUGGUGCGAUUGAUUGUGAAGGUUCCAAACGACCCAGACAACGCUCAGUGGAAACUCACGGGACAGACACUGACAGUGGAGCUAGACGUGAAGGACAACAUGCGGACACUCAAGCAAAAGCUGAUGGUAAGCGUCUUGUUGGUUGGAUUUCCCUGCUUUGUCCGUUAA